GCGUUCAACUGCGGCAAGCCGUGUAACUCGCUCGACCACGACACGAACCUCGUGUCAACGGCGACGUGCCCAGCCCACUGCGAAUUCAGCGAUUGGAUUGCAUACUUUUGCGACAAGGUGUCUGGUGUCGCCACGUCGACACGAACGAUCGCUUGUCAGCCUCUCAACGGCGGAAACUCGUGUCCGAAACUCCAUCGCAUCCAACACUACGGUCCACGCGUGUGCGAAACUUGCGACUGGACGACGCAAGAGUGCUCGACAGAGACGUGCACGGCUGUCCGCACCCGCGAGCAGCUCUACCCGAUCCGUGACCAAGGCAAGCCGUGCAGCCCGUACGAGACGUCGCCGUGCAAGUUGGACGCGGUUCUGUCCCCUGGUCCGAGUGGAGCACUUGCGACACCACGGGCCACAAGACCCACACGCGCGAGAUCAAAUCUCCAGCGCGUGUAA